GGCUGUGCCCUCGCCGGGCUGCCGCUCCGCGUCCCGACUGCCGCCUGGAAGCGGCCCCCGCGCGGCUUCGCAGCGGAGGCCGGUGUCCUGGCGGGCGCUGGGAGCCGCCCUCAUCCUGUGCGGCGGGCUGCUGCUGGCCAUGAAGAGGGUGAAGAAGGCGAAGGAGGAGAAGCUGGAGAAGGAGCGGAACCGAAGCAUCGGGAAACCACUGCUGGGAGGGCCCUUCUCACUCAUCAACCACGAGGGGCAGCCCAAGACCAACAGGGACUAUCUUGGCCAGUGGGUGCUCAUCUACUUCGGCUUCACACACUGCCCUGACAUCUGUCCUGAGGAACUCGACAAAAUGAUUGAAGUGGUCGAUGAAAUUGAUAGAAUUCCAUCCUUGCCUAAUCUGACGCCACUCUUCAUCACCAUUGAUCCUGAGAGGGACAAUGAAGAAGCCAUUGCCAGAUAUGUUAAAGAAUUUUCUCCAAAGCUGGUUGGAUUGACUGGUACCAGAGCACAGAUUGACCAAGUGGCCAAAGCCUUCCGUGUGUAUUACAGCGAAGGUCCCAAGGAUGAAGACAACGAUUACAUAGUGGAUCACACAAUAAUAAUGUACCUCCUUGGGCCAGAUGGUGACUUUGUGGACUAUUACGGCCAGAAUAAGAGGAGUGCUGAGAUUUCUGCUUCUAUUGCUGCACACAUGAGGAAAUACAGAUCAUAAAGCACGAGGUCUCCAGAGAUUGAUGCAUACAUCAGCUGUAGGGUUGGCUUUAACUGAGCAUUGUAUUCAGUGGAGCUCAAGCAGAAAUACAUGAGUGUGAUGUCCAGCCACCACAUACCGCUUUUCUUCCAAAUACAAAAGGCAACAGUACUCAAAAAUCCAUAGAUGUGUUCCUGAUGGAUAGCAUUUGCAGUGAGAUCUGGACUACAGAAUGAAAUUCUGUACUUUAUGGAAACGUUGUAGGGUGCAAAAGAUAGAAACUUCUCAUUUCAGGAAGACACUUGGUAGAAUUAGUUGGUAUCUCUUGGCCAGGCAUCAUCUGGAGCACUCUUGCCUUCUGUUUUUCUUGCAGUGUUUUGCCUUCUGGGAAUGGCGCUUGGAAUAUUGUGCAGAGAGGCCGAGAGUGCUCUGUUGUUGAGGUUGAGAAGAAGAGCACUGGAUGUGUCAGCAGCUGGCAUGGAUGGGACCAGCCCUGUGCCAUGCCUGAUCUUCCUCAUUUGAAUGCAGAAAUGAAAUGUGUUUUUUUUCCUGAUGAUUUCUCCAAGAAAGCACUGUUAACUUGUAAGGAAAUGAAUAAUGGGUUGCAAAUACAUUUUUCUUCUGAUCUAAAUGAUUUUAUGCAUAGUCAGCCUGGAUGUGCUUUGUUGAGUAAUGAAGUGGGGAGGAUGAAAGGGAUCUGUGUCCAUGCAUAUGGCUGUCAACCAGAUAAAAUUUAUGCAGCGCAGCAUUUGAAAAUAAAGAUUGCUUUGUAUAA